AUGCAGACUAUCAACAGGUUCCUCUAUGGGCCGACGGCAGAGGAGCGUGUUCGUCAAUGGCAGGCCAAGCUGCGCCAGGAACAGCGUGUCCUUGACCGGGAGAUGAGGCAGUUGGACGUCGCGACGAACAAGGCGAAGCAGACGGUCAAGCAGCUGGCUGCGAAAGGUGAUGUAAAGUCGGCACGCAUACUUGCGAAAGAGGUUGUGCGGAGUAACAGGCAGAAGGAUCGACUUUCGGUGAGCAAGGCCAGGUUGGGCUCCAUCGGACACCAGUUGUCGCAGCAAAUGGCCAUGAUCAAGGUCACUGGUUCUUUGCAGAAAUCAACGGAGAUCAUGAAGCUGUCGAAUGCUCUCGUGAGACUACCACAGAUCAGCCAAGCCAUGCGCGAGAUGAGUGUGGAGAUGACGAAAGCGGGCAUCAUGGAAGAGAUGUUGGAUGACACACUUGAAAUGGACGAUGAUGCGGAGAUGGAGGAAGAGGCUGACGAGGAGGUCGACAAAGUGCUCUUUGAUUUGACGAACGGCAAACUCGGACAGGCUGGGACUGUCCAGACUGAGCUUCCCUCUGCACAAGAUAAAGAAGACGAAGAAGAGACAGAGAGAGCGUUGGAACAGUAUCGACAGCAGCUUAAUGGGUUACUCAGUGGAUAA